AUGCCCACCUACGAGUUGCUGUAUUUCGACGCCUACGGAAGAGCGGAGCCCAUCCGGCAGGCGUUCGCGUACGCCGGACUCACCUACAAGGACACCAGAAUCAGCUUCGCUGAAUGGCCCACGUUGAAGACGGAUACGACGAGUAGGUUGCAAUUAUACGUGAUCAGUCUGUCGGAAAAAUAAUGAGCAUAAUGUCGCUGUGCAAAUCGCGUCGCUGAAGUGAAAAGAAAUUCGGUUUUGUCGCGACGCAAUUCAUUUUCUCGCCGGUGAUGCGAUUUGCGACAGAGCGCUCAUUAUUUUCCCGACAGACUGAUUUAUUGGACUUCAGAGCCUAUUUUAGAAAAGAAAAAAAAAAUAUUUCAACCAGGCAUGGUUUUUUACCGCACUGUGCAAAAUUUCGCCUUUUGCACAGUGCAUAAAGACCGCAAAAAAUUUUUGAUUUUUUUUUUUGAAAAAAAAUUCACGCAAAAACUGUCUAUGACACACAGUGAUUAAGGUAGUUAAAAGUCAGUUUUGGGCCAAAAUUAAGCUCCACAUUAGGCCGCUAGCCGGCGCAAAGCAACCAAGGUGCGACAAAUCCACAUUAUUUUCCCGACAGACUGAUAGUCCGUUCGGAAAACAGCUGGCGUGAUUUCUGCGGCAUGCACUGUGGGCAAGCUGAUAUCCGCCUGUCGGGAAAAUAAUGUGGAUUUGUAGAGCCUUAGAAUCGUCCAUCAUCGCUUCACUACGACUAGCCGCGGCUGGAAAUUUAGUCUUGACUGCGUUGAGGCGAGAGAUUUUUCUGCGACAAGCCCACAUUAUUUUCCCGACAGAGUGACAAUACUUUCUUUCACGUAUUUUGCAACUUUUCUCUCCAGAGAUCCCGUACGGCCAAAUCCCAGUCCUCCUCAUCGACGGAAAGCCACUCACCGAAAGCCACACCAUCACCCGAUAUGCGGCCCGGUUGACGAAACUCGACGGAACCGACCCAUUGGAGACGGCCUUCCUGGAUCAGGCCUACGAAAUGGCGAGGACUUUCUUCGACUCUGUGGCCACAUACUACAAGACGUUGAUCGGGCUGGCCGAGGGAGAUAAGGUAUGCAUUUUGGGGAUAGUUUCUUAACCGAUCGAUACGGGGCAGGUGGAUAUGCAAAAAAAGGUUGUAGGAAGUGUCCACGAGGCCUGACAAUGCCGUUGGAUGGUCAGCGGACGCUCGGCGGAGACUUAGCUUUGUGACCGGCGAAAUUGAUUCUUUGUGGAAGCCUUACACUCUGCAGUAUAAACGCGUGAAACGUUUUUAAGCCAAAAUUCGCCCAUGAAAUUUUCAUUUUUUCUAAUGCGAUCUGCUCGGGGUUUACAAAGUUCAUGGUGACAAUUUUUAUAUAAUUUGAAUAAGAAACUUUCAGAGUCUCAAAUACAUUUUUUAAUUUUUCAAUACGUGCCACGGCGAGCCGACAAUACAAAAAAACGUAGACCCCAUUCUCGAUUUUUUAGAUUUUUUGCGGCACCCAACUUCGAAACGUUGUGUGUUUCUUUAAAAUGUCAAGCUUCAUCAAAACCUGAGCGUCACAUUUCAAACAUUACCUCUAUUAGCCCUUUUCAUUUUCAGGAGAAAUUAAAAGCCGAGCUCUUCUUGCCCAACGCUGAGAAGCAAUUCAAGGCGUUGGAGGACCUGUUAAAGCCGAGCGGCUUCUUCGGCACCACCGGUCCCACCUAUGUCGAUCUCUAUUGGGCGCAGACGACCGAAUUCUACAACAGACAUGCACCGGAGCUCUACACCAAGUAUCCCAAGUUCCUGGAGCAUCUGAAGAGAGUGGAGAACCUGCCCGAACUCAAAACAUAUUUCCAGAACCGCCCGGAUGCCGCGUUUUGA